AUGCUUUCACUUUAUCAAAUUCUUGAAUUUUCUUUACUUGUUGUGAAUGGAUUUGCGAUUAUCAAUAAAGAAAGAGUUUUAAAUAAGUAUUUAAAAAAUCGACAACACAGCUUUCACGAGGACAGUGAAAAUUCGAUUGUUUUAAGAUUGGUUAAUCUUGUGUUGGCAGUUCAAACAGUGCUUAGAUGUAAUUAUAGUUGGUAA